UCUGACAAUAAAGUAAUUAUUUGAUUUUAUCGCCCACAGUCGCAAUUCAUUUAUUGUGUCAACUUUUUUUACCGCAUCCAUUUUGUAAUAUAUUUUGUAAAAUAUUUCCACGUUAACAUACACAAAUUUUAAUUAAUUCACACUGUUUUUUAAUAUUUUUUAAAACAACGACGCGUACAGGUUAACAGAAAAAAAUAAACAGACACACACACUAGUAAAGGUACAGUGUCGGUGUGACCAAUGUUUAUGACUUAGUUGUAGGUGGCGCGAUUUCGAGUUUUUACUCGAUAUCACUGGCCAGUUACUGGUUUAUAUCGAGUGAAAACUCGAUUAUUUCUACUAGGGAACCGGUGUACUAUACCCCAGGUUCCAUUAUGUCCGCGACUUGACGUAAAUUUGCUGCAGAAACUUGACGGCAAGAUUUCUGUAACUCGUUGCCGUGCGCAACGGUCGUCUAUCUCAGUUCAGUGAUGACCAUGAUGCGCGACAGCGCUUCUAUCGCUUCAACUAGUUUCGUAUUUAGUAAAUUAUAGAAAGAACUAGUACAUUUUACACCAAGAGAUGAAAGUAUAUGGGGCGUGUAGAAUAAAUAUAUGUACGGAUUUUUUUUUAUGUUCGAUGAAAAGUAAUAUUUUGAUGAGAAAAAAGAUGCAAAAUUGGAAAAAUACAUUGACAAGUAGUAUCAGAUAACUAAUAAAUUUUUUAACAUUUUUAUUUCAUUCUUUUUUAUGAUUUUUGACGUAAUUUUAUUGAGAUUUAAAAUAAUAAAUUUUUUUUCAUGAUCGAAAAUCAUACGCAUCAUAGGUCUACAUUUUACUUCUUUGUAAGCUUCUCGAUAGUCGCUUCAAGAUGGAGGAUACAGGUUUCAGCGCCAUGUCGUCAGCUUUAAUAACUUUAUUUGCGCACGGAAUUUGGGUAUUUUUUGCCCGCAAAACAGCGCCCGGUUUCCCCCUCUUUCGCACAAGCUUCAUAUUUUGGCCACCAGGGCCAUGUUCUUUUACGAAUUUGAAGCUAAAUCUUCGGUCAGUUCUCUUUAGACAGUCAGUGCAGUAUAACGUACUUACUUAAAAACUAAAGUGAUAUUUGAGUUUUCUAAAUUAUAAAUUUGAAAGUGUUUAUCAAAAUGUCGCGUAAAAGCCAAAAUAUUCUUGACAAAUUCCAAAUGAAUUGGAUGACUUUCCGCGAUGCAGACACGGGAAAAAUUUUAUGGAAAUCAAAUCAGGAUUUAUCUGAUCCGGAUGUCGAGCACGAAGCACGUGUGCCCAAAACAAUAUUAAACUGCGCGGCAGUUGUAAGGGAGAUCAACUUCAGUUCUAUUGAGCCAUUGGGGAAGUUCCGAUUAGAGCAGAAGGUCUUAUUUAAAGGAUUUCUGAUGGAGGAAUGGUCUUCAGAGUUCGGGUUCGUGCUUCCAAACACGACAAACACGUGGCAGACUCUAAUUCGGGGUACGCGCGAGUGUCAAAUGAUGCCGGCAAAUGUUCUAAGUGGAAAUGUCCUUAUCGAAACGAAAUUCUUCGAUGGCGAAUUAUUGGUCUCGACCAGUCAUGUGCGGCUUUAUUAUGUUUAAAUCCUAGAGAAUAAGUAAUAGUAUAAACUGUUAAUUAUGUUUACUGAUUCAUACUACAGAAUAUUUUUAAGCCUUUAAUUUUAAUGACAGUCACAAUUUACUAAUUAAUACUCAUUAAUUAUAAUAUUUAUAUACUAUUUUAGUAAUUUUAUUAUAUUUAGACUUAGUUUUUUAUUUAAAUUGUUUAUAAGUAUUUGUAACUUUAAGCAUGUGACAAAUAGACAGCAGUAUUAUAAUGUUAAUAGUCA